UCCCAAACUGUCAUUUCAUUAGCUAAAGUUGAAUUCUUGCAUUUCACAAGCCAUAUUUGACCCCAAUCCAAUACAGGAAUACAAGAACCAAGAAAGGAUAUUGCCUCCACAAAUCCAAAUUUCUCCAUCACCACAAGUGCAGGUUCGAGCUCAUCUCCGAGGGCCAAAUGAAAGCCGAGUGUUCGGAGGGCUUAAGAAUGGUUGGAUGUGCUGAAUGUUUCAAGACCCUCUAGAAUGGAGUUUGUUGUGUUUGUUCGUUCUAUGCAGCUUUUGUUAGCAGGGGCAUGGAUGACAUGAAAUCAAGCUCCAUACAAGAAACUCCGGCGCUCUACCGGAUCGAGCAAUGAAGCAAUCCUGAUCGAUAUCGACCCGUUAGUUCGAAAAGAACCGAACAGAGUGUUACAUCAGCUACCACAACUAUACUUCUACCACUGUUACAUCACCUAAUACCUACAUUCAUUCAUCCAUUACAGGUCACAAAAAAACACCCAAAAAACCAAACAAAGAGAGAGACGAAAUCAUCACUUCACCAUUACAUCUUCCCUCGACGAGCUCGUGCUCCCGUUCUCCUCCUUCCCCUCGCAAUCAUCGCCAUCCGAUUCGCCGUCUUCCUCCUCCGCCCGAUCUUCGUCGGACGACGAGAGCGGUAUCAGCCAGCACAUCCCGUGCAGGUGCCCGUUGAUGCAGACGAAGUACUCCAGCCCGCCGUCCCUCGACCCCAGCCGCCUCGCCGCGCUCCUCGGCACCAGCCUCGCCGCCGUCAUGCUCCACACGCGGGCCCCGCAGUACGGACACCUCACCUUCUCCUCCAGCCUCACCCCUGGCUUCACCAAAAACGCCCGCGUUUUGGACCUCAUGAAUCCCCGGAAAAUUCCCCUGUAAACCCCCAAAUCCUCCCCUGCCUCCGCCGCCGGGUGCUCGCACGGGUCGCUCACGUACAGCAAAUCCCCCCUGCACUUCUUCGCCAGGAAGCUCCUCCCCGACGUCUUCGAGAAUCGCGACGCCUUCGCCACGUGUCCCUGCGAAUUCGACGGCGAGGGAAAGCCAGCUCCGCCGCCCCCUCUGUAUCCGCAGCAGAAGAGCAUCAGCUUCGCGAGGGCCUUCCACCCGCCGUCGAUUCGACCGCCGGGGGCUGCGGCGGAGGGGGCCGACCCGCUCGUCAAUGUGGCCAGCAUCCGGGGAGCGCGGUAGAGGCAGAGCUCCCGCCAGAGGAGCCUUGCGGCCACCGCGGCGAGCUUCCGGUUCACCGCCGCGACGGCGGUGAGCGUGUGGAGAUCCCAUUUCAGCGACUCGAAGACGAGGACGAGGACGCGCUCGUUCAAAAUCCCCGAGUCGCCGCCGAACGAGUCGGAUCCGGGUCGGCUGGUCCUCCUGACCCGCUUGGUGUUGUUGUCCAUGUUGCUUCGUCCCGGAGAGAAAACGAUGGAGGUACGUUUUUAUACGCGGCUCGAGAAGGGACGCGUGGCGGGCGGUGAAUGGGUGGCGUUUACUGGGCAAGUGAUCCCUUGAUGUUCGCGACGGACACGUGGUCGGAGAGGAUUGGUGAGAUCGACGCGUGUAACGGGAUUGGAGAAAACGACAAGAAGAUCUGAGGGAAUUGUGGCGUCGUGAGGGAAGCCGUUGGAUUAGGGACACCAUAUUUGGUGGCGUGUGGGCAAAAUGAGUGCAUUAUCUGAAACUGGAACGGGUGAAGGGUUUCGUCGGAUUCAAGAUAUGACUUCUUCCGGUGACCGGAGACGCGGCGACGGCGGCGAUUCGGCCGGGACCCGAUUGCUCAGAAUCGAUUUUGUUCAGGAAACCGUUCGCGACAAAGAAGCUUGUAAGCGCACAGUCUCUCUUCACCGUAUUUUAUUUUUACCCAUUCGUUUCGAAAUCGGAGGUCGAUUUUGGGUUUUGAAUUAGGUAUAGUUCUUCGAUAAGUAUAGAGAGCUGGAGAGGACAGCUCCUUUUUCUCUCGCUUUUAUUUGGGACCACACAGUGGAUUUGCUACUGGACCUGGAGUUACUCUGCUCUCUGGGUAAAAGUACGGGAAAUGUCAUGAUGGUAAAAGAAAGAAGGUGGAAGUAAAUUCAACACAUCCUAAAAUGGCUACACGUUAAGAAAAGCUGCCAGGUUUUGAGGGUUUCAAUCUGGCCCUUCUGGGCAAAAGCUAUCAUCUUUAAGAUAGAAAUGAGAUGCCAAUGGCAGAACAAGGAAAUGAAAUUUCAGCAAGUUUUAGAGCUGCAACCAUAAGGUAAAGAAGGAGAGAAGAAAGGUAGGAGAAAAAAAGAGCUGCUGCAAACCAUGGAAACCUUUGGAAUGAAGGAUGGUGGGCAGAACAAGAAGGCAACGACCACCUUUGGGAUGAUACGCAGGGGAAAUGCUUCUGCUAUGGAGAAGAUGAAGCCCCAUUUCUUCAGGGUUAUGCUUGAUUUCAUGUUGCAGGAUUCCAAAAUAUACAUUCCUACGGAGUUUGUGAAGAACUAUAGAUCCAGGCUAGGGAGCUCUGCAACCUUGAAGGUUGCUAAUGGUGAUACUUGGGAAGUAGAGCUGGUUACUGAUGAUGAUGGGCUGAUUUGGUUGGUCAAGGGCUGGGAAGACUUCACAAACCACCAUUCUUUGAAGCAAGGUGAUAUUCUGGUGUUUCGGCUAGAUCAGAACAGCUUAUUUCAAGUCAUGAUUUUCGAACCCUCUGCCAGCGAGAAGAACUACCGCUGCAAGGACGUAAACGACCUUGGAAAGCUGUUGAAUGAUAUCAAAGUUGAGGAGGAAUGUGAUGCUGGGAAGGAGAAAGUUCCUGCUGGAAAGCUGAAGGAAAUCGAAACCAAGAAGAGUGGUGGAGGGAAGAGAAAGGUUAAAUUGGCUGUUCCAUUUGAGAUUCCAAACCAUCCAUUGGAGACAAAAGUGAAAGGAAUAUCACAACCAAGGAGGUGCAAUGCCUCUACGAGCUCAGACAAUCCAAACUUCUUCAUCACCAUCAGUGAAGCACACAUGACACAUCGUUACAUGCUUCUGCCUACUAAAUUUGUGUAUGAACACAUGAUACCUGCACAUGGUACUAUGCCUGAAAGUCGCAUUGUGAUGGUUUCGAGUGAAGACGGGGUCGACUCAUGGUCAUUGUCCUUUGUCUUUCAUCAACGACAUGGAGGUGCACGUGGACAGGGCUUGUUCAUUGGCGGUUGGCCCGCGCUCCGCAGAGGCAACUCUUUGAAAUCAGGGGAUGUUUGCCGGUUCGAGCUCAUCUCCGAUGGCCAAAUGAAAGUGAGUAUUCGGAGGGCUUAAGGAUGGUUGCUUUGUUGUGUUUGUUCGUUGUGUGUGUUUACU